AUGACCGUCACCUCGGUGUCUUCUGGGUUUCUUGCGAGGCCGGUACCUAUAUCAGGACCCUCUGCGUCCACCUUGGACUCCUCCAGCCUCGGUGUCGGCGCCCACAUGCAGGAGCUCCGCCGUGUCCGCUCCGGUAUCAUGUCCGAGGAUGUCCCGUUUCCAAGCGCCGCCGAGUACACCACAGCACUCGCCAUGGCCUUUGAGGCCGAGGUUUCCCACUUGGAAUGA